AGGGAAGAGACCCCAAGUCCCGGCGCCGCCCGCGGCUGCAGGCGGCGCGGCCUGUCACCCGGGCGCGCGGAGGCCGCCGGAGCUCUGGCGGGCCGAGACCACCAAUCCCAGGGUGCUUCGCGCGCGCAGUGCCAAGAAGGUGGGGCGGAGCGGCGCGCACGGCACCCUGGGAGGUGUCGUCUUCUGCUCCGGGGGCGUAGCGUAGAGCCGCCCGAGGCGCACUCACUGGCACCUGAUUGGCUGUCCCGAGAAAGUGACAGGGCUUCGCGGCCCAGGGCCGAGAGCGGCGAGGAGGCGGGCCCGCUGGGCUUUAGGCGCGAGCGGUUGAAAGUCGGUUGGUAUCGGUUCGGCCGCCGAGGUGCCGUCCCACCGCCCAGCCCGCUCCAUGGCGGACCCGGAGGAGCUGCGGCUUUCCCCGCAGCCGCCGCCCUCCUCUCCCUCGUCUUCAGACGCGUCUUCAGCAUCUUCCCCCGGCACCCCGGGGGGUUUGGGCCGUCCGGUUCCGAACAGGAACAGCGGCCGGCCGGUGGACCCGCUGGAGGAGGUGGAGCUGCAGAUCGGAGACGCAGCAUUUUCAUUAACCAAACUUCUUGAAGCUGCAUCUGCAGUAUCAGCUCAAGUGGAAGAGCUUGCCUUCAAAUGUACAGAAAAUGCACGUUUCCUUAAAACAUGGCGGGACCUCUUGAAAGAAGGCUAUGAUUCCUUGAAGCCUGACAACUGAUUUGACUCUAAUAAUCCCUACCACCUCAUUUAUGAUGUUUGCACAUGUACCGUGUGGAUAGGAUAAUCACCAGCAGUUCUGUAUACAGAAGAUGAAAUUUUUCUUGGUUUUCUUCAUUUUGUGAAAACAGAAUAUGAUGUUAUUUUUGAUGUUGGCCCGUUUAUCUUUAAACACUUUCUGUUCUCUAAACUUUCAAAGACUCUUCUAUGAAAGUUAAUUUAAUCAGUAGAUAAUAUUAAUAAUGCCACAGUGCUACCAGUAGCAAACUAGGUGGACCAUUAUUCUCUUCAGUUUGCAAGAAGAUACCAAAAACGGCAGAGUUUGAAGUCGAGCUUUAUUAUAUGGACCAAUGUUAGAUUCAGCUCCAUUAAGCUAAGUUCCCUAGAACCAACGAUUGUGUCUUAUUACUUCUAUAUUUCCAGCAGCUAGAAGUCUGUUACACAACAAUCACUAAAUGUUUGAUGAAUAAGAGUUGACAACGUAAUUUAAAGCUGUUUUUUCUUCCUGUUUUUAGCAUGAAGAUUAUAAUUGUUUCUCGAAAAAAUAUUUGAGUCAGAACCUCAUUGACUUGAAGGAAAAUGUUUUUUUUUUUUAAAGAGGAUUUUGAACUUUAACUGGUGUCAGCUUUUUAAAAUAUAUGAUAAAUAUUUUUCACCCUUCUAUCAUGCUUUCCAAAAAAGCUUUUACUGAAACCUGUCUUGAAAGAAUGCCUAUUUUUUUUUUCUAAGGUAAACUGCUUUUAUGGAUAUUUCUCAUAUUUGAUGUUGUUAUAUGUUUGCUCUCUUUGAAGUGCCUUAUCAAAAUUGUCGCUCUGUAUUAUUACUUUUGGAGCUUGGCAAGUGAUAAUUCUAAAUUCUAAAUAUAAUAAUUCUAAACAAGUUACUUUUUAAAAAUGCAUCAAAUUUAAAUGAUGUAAUUAUUUUCCUAUUAUUUGAUCUUCAUGACGGUGUUCUAUUUUACUUGUCCCGUAUCUUAUGUUGCGCUGCCUCUCUCUCUCUUUCUCUUUUUUGGUGGGUUUGUGUCGUAUAUGUCAGUGAUUGAACCAACUAAUUCUCUUGCUGUGUAACUUCUGGACGCCUCUGAUACAGUAUCUUACUUCUUUGUAGGUAAGGAGGUAUGUGCAGAACUAUAUUCCCAAGCCCCACAGUAGGCCUGUGAAAGGGGACACAUGGAUGGGCAAAGGAUAGUUUUGUUUAGCAUAUUAGGUCAUGGUUCUUGAUUAAUUUUUUUAAGCUAAGGAUAACACAUAUGGUGUGUUCCUAUACCAAAGAGAUGCUUAUUUUGAUAUUAGAAAACUUUUUAUGUGUCAUGAAAAUUGCAAUUUUUAAAAUGUACAAAAAUAAACUUUUGUUCAAACCAAA